AUGCGUUCUUUUGAAUUCAAAUCCCUCGCCAUCUUGGCUUCCUCUUUGCUGGUCAAAGAAACAUUCGCUGCUCCCAUCUACGAAACCGAAAUCCAAGUCGUCACAGAAGAAGUUACCGUUACCAGACAACUCGACGGUUCUUAUGCAACUGGUCAUGCUCAUGCUGUAGGAACUUACACUCAACAUCACUCUGCUGCUGCUUCCUCUGUUGUCGUGGUAGCAUCUACUCCAGCUCCAGCAGCAGCAACAAGUGCCGUGGUUGUCCCUACCAGUUCUACAACUAGUCAUGUGGUUGUAGAGUCUAGUUCUGCUAAGGCUUCUUCUUCAUCUUCUUCAGUUGCCGUUGUUAAGGCUUCCACUGAAGCAGCUGCAGCUGCAGUCUUGGUUCAAACUAGUGCCAAAGCCGCCGCCACAUCUGCCAAAGCAGCAGCAACUACCCUCGCUACUUCUGCCAAAGCUAGCUCGGCUGCCGCAGCUGCUUCUUCAUCCAGCUACUCAAGCUCUUCCUCCGGUGGAAAGCGUGGUGUUGCAUACAACACCGCAGAUUUUGUCAAGCAAUUUACCGGUUCUUCCAAAGUCGCUUGGGCUUACAACUGGGGUUCAUCCUCCGAUGGUCUCUCCGCCUCUGGUAUUGAAUUCGUUCCUCUCCUCUGGGGCUUGAAGAGUACCUUCACCGGUGCCUGGUCCGCCGCUGCCUCGAGCGCCAUCGCAUCCGGCUCCAAACAUCUCAUGUCCUUCAACGAACCCGAUCUCAGCACCCAAGCCAACAUUGGUGCAUCCGACGCCGCCGCCGGCUACAAGACCUACAUGCAACCAUUUGCCGGCAAGGCCAAGCUCGGUGCUCCCGCCGUCACCAACGGUGCUUCUCCCAUGGGCCUCACCUGGUUGAAAUCGUUCAUGUCUUCGUGCUCCGACUGCACCAUCGAUUUCGUCUGCAUCCAUUGGUACGAUUCGGCCUCCAACGUCGCAUACUUCAAGCAGUAUGUUCAGGAUGCGUACACGGCCGGUGGCAACCGUCCCUUGUGGAUCACAGAGUUCCAAGCCUCGGGCUCGACCGAUGAGCAAAAUGCUUUCAUGAAGGAGGUUCUUCCUUGGUUGGAUGCUAGCACCAUGGUCGAUCGCUACGCGUGGUUUAUGGCUGAUACCGCGGCUGGUGGUUUGAUGGCUUCGACCAGUGGGUUGAGCACUUUGGGAAAUACUUUCAAGACUGCUUAG